AUGUACGCCGUCGUGGCGCUAAAAGUGCACAAAGUCCGCGCUGGCUUCCAAGAUCAAGGUUCAGGUCCAACUAAAUAUAAUCUACCAACUAAAUAUAAUCUACCAACCAUAGACUUACCAGUACCUGCUGAAAUUCCUGUGUCAGAUCAAUUUCAUUUCCAUCCGGUUUCAUGUAGUGAUGUACAGCAGAUCACCAUGUCUUUUUCCUCAAAUAAGGCACCGGGAUUAGAUAAAGUCCCAAUGAGUAUUAUCAAAGAUGCCUUACCUUGUAUCCUCGCUGCGUUAACAGAUAUUGUUAAUUGUUCAUUGCUUACGUCCGAAUAUCCAACAUUAUGGAAGAUGGCAGAAGUUGUUCCCCUCUUAAAAGAUGGGGAUUGUGAGAUCGCAGACAAUAGUCGUCCUGUGUCUUUGCUAAUUGCAGUAUCAAAGAUUUGUGAACGAGUUGUAUUGAAUCAAUUGACUGACUAUAUGUCACAAAGGAAAAGAUAUACUGAACACCAAAGUGGCAAUCGAAAAUUACAUUCUACAGAAACAUUAAACAUUUUUAUAACAGAUCAAAUCUUGCAGUCUAUGGAUCGUAAAGAAGUUACGGCCUUAGUUUUAAUAGACUUAUCCAAAGCAUUUGAUAGCAUAGAUCAUUCAAUUCUACUAGUGAAACUUCAAACCAUUGGUGUGUCUAAUUCAGUGUUGGCAUGGUUUAAAAGUUAUCUAUCGGGACGAAGCCAAAUAGCACGUAUUGGGUCGACAUUGUCGGAAACAUGUAUUAUAACUCGAGGGGUACCUCAAGGAUCUAUUCUUGGGCCGGCAUUAUUUAACAUAUAUAUUAAUGACCUACCCAAUGUUCCAAAAGAGUCCUCUUUGGAAUCUUAUGUGGAUGAUUCGAAAAUCUAUCUGGCAUUUCCAAUUCAGAAUGUUGAAACUGCUGUGCUUAAACUUACACAAGAUAUGGAAAGAAUUACCGCAUGGUGCUGUAUAAAUAGUCUGCUAGUGAAUCCAAAGAAAACGAAACUUCUAUUACUGGGUACAAGUCAAAUGCUGAAAAAACUCUCUGGCACAGAUUUCCCUAUAACUGUUCUUGGUGAGAAAAUAAUCCCACUUCAGACUGUUAAAGAUUUGGGAAUGACUUUGGAUUCAAGUUUGACUUACGAGAAACAUAUUGUCGAUAUCGUCUCAAAAUGUAUCACAGAAUUAUGCCAAAUCAACAGAGUCAAGCAUAUUUUGGACAAACACACUUUAUCCCUUAUUAUAAAUGCAUUGGUCUUCA